UACUGUGUAGUACUGUAGCUGUAGUACCGCCCUCCGCCGCUGGGGGGGGGGGCAGCACCAACAACCGUCGCUGGUUCCAACCCCAACAUUUGAACCGGAAGUUGUUUCUUCUUCUCCGGAAGCUUCUUUCGCUUCAACACAACAACAACAAGCAGGAUGGCGGCGACGGACGGAGACAGAAACGCUGAAACCGGCCAACUGGAGUUCUCCCUGGAGGUUCCCUUCCCGUCGGUGCGCGAGGCCACGGUGGCGCUGCGCUCUCUGGCGCCGGACGGCGAGCCGAGGAGAGGCGGCAUCAGCAAACAGCUGGCGGUGACCGGCAGCACGCUGUCUGUGAGGUGGAGCGCCGACGAGGCUCGGAUCCUCCGAGUGUCCGUGAGCUCGUUUCUGGACCACCUGGCGCUGGUCGCGGAGACCAUGGAGAUGUUCGGCCCGCCGGUUGCCCAGUGACGCCCGCCUGCACACACAUUCGGGACAAUGUCCCACCCUCUCGUCCUCCUCUGGAGGCUCCAAUCUGGGGACACUGGACAAGGAAAACUGGCUCCCACUGUGAGGAUUGAAGAGAAGGGCAAGUCUGAGCAACGGGCAGCUGGUACCGUGUGACGAUGCCGUUGCCGCCUUGUUUUUCAGACCCUAGUUUGAAAAGAUUUGAUGUGAAUAUUUGCUGGACUCAAUUUUCUGGACUCAAGGUCUGUUGGCAUUUAAGGUCCCAAAUGGAAAUGGUAUUAUAGGCCCUUAAAGUCAUGGAACAGUGUGUGUGGGGACCCAGAACGUUUGAAUGUGUCUUAAUAUUUUUGGUCCAUCGUCAGACAAAGUGAACAAACAUCUGAAUAAACCAAAUAAACAGAUUGCUGUUUA